GCAAGUUAGACUAGCAAGCUGCGCCGGUUUUUUUGGCCGAGAUAAAUAAUGAAUGUGUAAAUAGAUAAUGUUAAGCAGUUCUUCGCAACGAUCAGGCUUUCUUUGAUCAAAUUUAUCAGAAUGAUAGACGUGAAAUACGUUACUGAUGUUUUGUAUGGAGGUGUCGACUUCACUUUGCCCGGAAACGGGGGUAAAGAAUGCGCCGAGUUCUUGCCUCUGGGGCAGAGAGUUGUGGAAACUGUAGUAUACGAACUCUUUACUAUCUUGGUGUUCUGGAAAAUGUUAGGGAAAGUUUCUGUACCAGAAGAUUUGCCGGCGUACAGAGAAGGUAGUGGAGUUGGUAAAAGACUUCUUUUGGUCGUACACUGCCUCGUGUUUGGGAUAGAAAUUGGUUUCAAAUUUGCCACCAAGCAGGUUAUUUUCCUCCUCAAUCCUUGUCAUGUUAUAACAGCGAUUCAGAUAUAUCUAUUAGUUGAACCUCCAAGUAAACGUGUCUUAUGGGUUUUUAGGAUUCACAAUUACUUAUUAUUUGGUGCUCUUCAAGCAAUCCUGUUUCCUGUUGUCAAUACUAGAUUGUUACCAUUUGAAGUUGCAACUUAUUGGAUACAGCACACCCUUAUUCUCAUUGUUGUGCCUUUUUUUCUUGUUUCCCUUCAAGGUCCAUUUGUUUUGGAACCAGUGUGGGACUUCACAUGGGCAACUUUGACUUUUACCUUUUUCUCUUUUUAUAUGUUGCUGUUUCUCCAGCCAUUAGGAAUGAUCCUUCAUAUAAACCUGAAUAACAUGGUUUGUCCAGCUGUUAGCGACCCAUUCAGUGGACCAUAUUAUCGAAUCAUAGCCUGCUGUCAUCAACCAUUGUUGAUAUUUUUAAUUGGAAAAAUAUUUUGCAUUGUUGGACACCAAUUUGUGAAAGCAUUGUAUGGGACAGAGGGGAAAAAAGAAGAAUGACUUUUCAGUGAUGAUAUUCAUAACUGUGUAUCAUUACUGUUCAUUUAGCUGUGAUGCUUGCUUUAAAGCUACUUAUUAAAUGCAUACAUACUGUUUAAUAGCCAAUUCUAAAUUAAUUUUAGUUUCAGUAAUUUUUUAGAAUACAGUAAAAUACACUGCUGCAUUGUAAGACAUUUGUUGCACAUAACUGACUUGCAAUGCUUGUCAUUUUACAUAAUUAUCUGUAUAUUUCUAAGGUCAUUUUCACAAUUUAAGCUUUAGAAUGGGUAGUUAAAGAAAUUGUAAAUUGCUUCAAAGGAGAUUUAUGACUUCAAUAAUUUAUUGCACAAACAACUUGCUGCAAAACUCAGAAAAAACUAUAAACA